UCUCCUGCAGUCCAGGACAUGAUCCGCAUCACAGUGCAGCCAGAGUCCCAGCUGGUGGCAGAGGGGACCCGGGUGCUCCUGACCUGCUGCGCGACCGGUCCCCCAGGGCUGGCGUAUCAGUGGUUCUGUGGGAAGCAGGAGGUGCCUGGAGCCACGUCCCCAGAGCUGCUGGUCGACGCGGCCGCCCCGGGCCAGCCUGAGUGGUACAUCUGCCGGGUGAACUGUGGGGCCACCUUCACCUUCUCCAGGUGGGCCCGUGUCCAGGUGGAGAAGAGCAGCAGCCCCAACUCCAGCCAGUGGCUACUGCCCGACCAUGGCAGGGCUGCAGAUCCUGCGGCAGCCGCGGCCGUGCCGCCUGGCCGAGGGGGACACGCUGACCUGGAGUGCAGAGCCAUCGGCAACCCUCCGCCCCAGUACCAGUGGUUCAGGAACCGGCGUCCCGUGGAGGGGGCACAGGCACCCCAGCUCCAGGUGAAGCUGGUGACAACGGCCGAGCGGGGCAGCUACUCCUGCCAUGUGUUCAACCUCUUCCACGAGGUGUGGAGCCAGGAGGUGGAUGUGGAGAUCGGCCCACGGCUCUUCACCUCUGGAUGCUCCUGGCAGGAGGGGGAUGGAGGCUCCCCAGAGCACGGCAGCCCCGGCCAGCUCUAUGCCACGGACAAAGUGGCACUGCUGAUUGGCAACAUGCACUACCUGCACCACAAGCAGCUGCAGGCACCCAUGGUGGAUGUCCAUGCCCUCAGUGCCCUCCUGUGCCAGCUCGGCUUCAAGGUGGUGUCACUGCUGGACCUGCGCAAGGCCGAGAUGCAGAUGGCUGUGGAUGAGUUCCUCCUCCUCCUCGACAAGGGUGUCUAUGGUUUGCUGUACUACGCCGGGCACGGCUAUGAGAACUUUGGGAACAGCUUCAUGGUGCCCAUCGAUGCCCCCAGCGCCUACACCUCUGCCCACUGCCUGUGUGUGCAGCGCGUGCUGCGCAGCAUGCAGCAACGCCACACCGGCCUCAACAUCUUCCUGCUCGACAUGUGCCGCAAGAGGAACCUCAACGACGACGUCAUCCCGCAGGUCGGGGCGCUGGAGGUCACGGCCAACAUUGUCUUCGGCUACGCCACGUGGGUCCCCUCCUGCCAUCCCCCAGCACAGGGCAGCAGGGCUGGGGGUCCCUCCCUGGCUCAGAACAUGGGCACGCUGGAGAUCACGCGGGGCAGACAGGCGCUGGAGCUUCGCAGCAACCUCUCGGAGCGACGAGCGCUGACCGACCCCGUCCGCCCCGCGCGCCGGGACGAGUCCUCUGCCAGGAACCUGCAGUGGGCCAAAGCUCACG